UAGAAAAAAGGUGCAAGAAAAAAAUAUUAUACGUUUACGUAAAUAAACAACAUACACUAUGUAAUCGCAAUUAGUUGUACGAUUUUCAGUUGGCCUGUUGGACGGAUAACACCGCGUAUCUCGGAUUAGCAGGAACUCAGAUUUGUGCUGCUACGGUGUAAUUUCGCAUGUAACAAUUUCGUUGCGUAAGGCCCAAUACCGGUGAUAGUUAUCCGAGAUUCAUUCAAAGUCAUUGUUUAAAGUGCGUUCAUUGAUUGCUUUGCGUGUUUUUAAAUAUCACUGUUUAAGAUGGCUUCAUUGGUCAGCACCAUUAAAGCCCACUUCAACUAUGUGAUUUACGACUUGGCAGACCCCCGCACCUCAAAUUGGUUCCUGGUGGAUGGAGUUCUUCCUGUAACAUCGCUAGCCACCAUUUAUUUGUUGUUUGUGUUGAAAUUAGGGCCUCUUUACAUGCAAAACAGGAAACCGUUCCAAAUUAAGAACACCCUGAUAGUCUACAACUUCAUUCAGGUUUUGCUCAGCACCUACAUAUUCUAUGAGUCUUUGGAUGCAGCCUGGCUGAGGGGUUACAGUCUUAAGUGCGAACCAGUGGAUAGAACUACAAGUCCAUCAGCAAUGAGGGUAGCACGAGGAGUCUACGUGUUUUACCUGGCUAAAGUGUCCGAGCUCCUGGACACGGUGUUCUUCGUGCUGAGGAAGAAGUCCAGCCAGGUGACGUUCCUGCAUCUGUACCACCACACGUUCAUGCUGUACGUGGGCUGGAUCGGGGCCAGGUUCGUGCCCGGGGGUCAUCUUAUAUUCAUGGGUCUCAUCAAUUCGUUCGUGCACAUCAUCAUGUACACGUACUACAUGUUGGCAGCCAUGGGGCCGGAGUACCAGAAGUACCUGUGGUGGAAGAAGCACAUCACACUCAUACAGAUGAUUCAGUUCUUGAUGAUCUUCGUCCACAGUUCACAACUGAUCUGGACCAACUGUGGGUAUCCAAGGGGGUUGGCCAUUAUUGCUUUGCCCAACGCAGUAUUGUUUUAUAAUAUGUUCUCGAAUUUUUAUAAAAAAGCUUAUUUACCAAAGGAAAGCUCCAACAACAAUGUGUCUAAGAAGGUUUCGUGAAUUUUAUAUUGUUUGUUUAUUAGUUUAAAUUAUUUUUUUAUUAAAAUGUUAGAAAAUUUAAA